AUGAAUAGCUCCCUGGCCAUUUUUGCCAUCAUGGCGUUCGCCCUAGCGGUUGCCCAACAGCCCGACGGAUCGGCCCUGGCAGGAGGUGCCGUUGGUGGAAACCCGAACGCGGGCCGACCUUCAACCGGUGGUGGUGGUGGUGCCGGUCCCGUAAAUUUGGAGCAGCGUACCGUGGACCAGCAGAACCAAUUGCUGGCAACCGCAUUCGCCCGCGCCUUUCCGGAAGAUACACCUGCCGAAUUUCAACCAAUGGUGGUAGCACUGUACGUCCGUUGCCAGUCAGAGCUGGACAACUGUGCGGACUUUUUAUGGGAAACCCAUCUGCUGCGGGAGUACCGCAACUGUGCCAUGACGCAACGGCGUCUCUGCACGCAGGAGACGCAAGAACUGCAGGCCCAGCUGCAGGCUAUGGCCGAUGCGAACAACGAGCAGUUUGAGCUAUCCCCGGAGGAGCAGGAACUUUUGGCACAACUUGGUUACUAG